UCCACCACGGAGAAGCCAGUGGAAGGUUACUGUUACAGCUCGAGUGGAUACUUUAAUUUGCAACCACAUAAAAACUGACAGAAAGGAACAUUUAUUUACACAAUACACUUGUUUUAUUGACUGAAAGGACAUAAAGUUAGCAACAUAUUACGGACUGGAAUCUAGGAAGAAUUUUGUGAUCUUCAAAGAAACUAGCUAGUGUGCUAACAAAGAAAAUACUUUCCCUUGACAAAUAAUCCUCUUUAUUCUCUUUAGUUAUGAGUCAUGUGGUCGUCGAUAAUCAACACGGUCUAGAUCAGCAGCUUGCUGGCCUAGACUUGAACUCUGACGGACAGGGAGGAGGCACAGGCAGGCGUUACAUUCCACCUCACUUGAGGAACAAAGAAGUCUCCAAAAACGAAAAUGCUUAUUCCUCUGGUAGACAGUACGGUUAUUCAGUGCCACCUCCAGUGAACUCCUACUCUCCAGGAGGAUGGGAUGGUGGACGCAGCAACGGCUUUGCCAAUGGUUACCAUGACAACCGCAAUACGGGCUCCGGGGGACGCGGCGGGCCUCCCCGAAAUGACAGAGGUGGGCGUGGCAGCUACCGCGGUAACAGCAUGGGUGGCGCCUCGUUUAAUCAGCCAAUGCACAUCGCAGGGUUUAGUGGUGGACAGGAUGGUGGAGGCUGGGGAGGUACUCCCAGACAAGACGCGGCCUAUAACAGCUUUGGCGGGAGGGGCAAGGCUUCUUUCUACAACGACCGUGGAUCAUCAGGGGGUAGAGGUUAUCAGCGUGGAGGUUAUGGCGGUGGAGGCAACAACCGCUGGCAGGAAGACUCCAGGGACGAUGAGGACUGGUCCAAACCCAGCCCCGCCAACGAACGCUUGGAAGCGGAGCUGUUCUCAAGCGGCAACACAGGUAUUAACUUUGAGAAAUACGACGACAUUCCUGUGGAGGCCACUGGAUCCAACUGCCCGCCACACAUUGAUAGUUUCCAUGAUGUGGACAUGGGUGAGAUCAUCAUGAGCAACAUUGCCCUGACCCACUACACGCGGCCCACCCCUGUCCAGAAAUACGCUAUCCCGGUCAUCAAGUCCAAGAGAGACCUCAUGGCUUGUGCUCAGACUGGCUCGGGUAAGACUGCAGCCUUCCUGGUGCCAGUGCUGAGCCAGAUCUACACACAGGGGCCUGGAGACGCUGCAGCGGCUGGCAAGAACGGACAGGACAGCGGUAAAUAUGGGCGCCGUAAGCAGUAUCCUCUCUCCCUGGUCCUGGCUCCCACCAGAGAACUGGCCCUGCAGAUCUACGAAGAGUCCAGAAAGUUUGCGUACCGCUCCCGGGUGCGUCCCUGUGUGGUGUACGGGGGGGCUGACAUCGGCCAGCAGAUCAGAGACCUGGAGCGAGGCUGCCACCUUCUGGUGGCCACACCCGGGCGCCUGGUGGAUAUGAUGGAAAGGGGCAAGAUUGGCCUCGACUACUGCAACUACCUGGUGCUGGACGAGGCUGACAGGAUGUUGGACAUGGGUUUUGAGCCCCAGAUCAGACGCAUCGUGGAGCAGGACACCAUGCCCCCUAAAGGCAUCCGUCAGACCAUGAUGUUCAGUGCUACCUUCCCCAAGGAGAUCCAGAUGCUGGCGCGUGAUUUCCUGGAGGACUAUAUCUUCCUGGCCGUGGGCCGUGUGGGGUCCACCUCAGAAAACAUCACCCAGAAAGUAGUGUGGGUGGAGGAUGGUGACAAGAGAUCCUUCCUCCUGGACCUGCUCAACGCUACAGGUAAGGAGUCUCUGACGUUGGUGUUUGUGGAGACCAAGAAGGGAGCGGACGCCCUGGAGGACUUCCUGUAUCGUGAGGGCUACGCCUGUACCAGUAUCCACGGUGAUCGCUCCCAGAGAGACCGAGAAGAGGCGCUGAACCAGUUCCGCUCUGGCCGCUGCCCCAUCCUGGUGGCCACCGCGGUGGCUGCACGGGGUCUGGACAUCUCUAACGUCAAGCACGUCAUCAACUUUGACCUGCCCAGCGACAUAGAGGAGUAUGUCCACCGUAUCGGUCGUACAGGCCGCGUGGGGAACCUGGGUCUGGCCACGUCGUUCUUCAACGACAAGAACAGCAACAUCACCAAAGACCUGCUGGACAUCCUGGUGGAGGCUAAGCAGGAGGUACCGUCCUGGCUGGAGAGCCUGGGUUAUGAGAACCAGCACAAGGGCAACACAGGACGCGGACGCUCCAAGAGGUUCUCCUCUAGUGGAUUUGGUGCCAGGGACUACCGUCAGACACCCGGUGGUGGCGGCUUUGGCGGUGGUGGUGGGCGCGGUGGCCCACGCACCGGGGGUUACGGAGGCGGCGGAAGCCGUGGCGGCUUUGGUGGAGGUGGCUUUGGAGGCGGGAACUCCUAUGGCGGCAACGAUGCAGGCUACGGUGGCAACUACAGCCACUCCGGUAGUGGAACAGACUGGUGGGGCAACUAGUCAUAGAAACCCGGUUGCCACGUCAACCAAACCGAUCCCCUCACAGAAACCACAUGUUGACUACGCCAGACUAAAAUACCCCCGCUCACUCAACCCUGUGUAGUUUUCACUGACACACAGUACAUUACACACAUUGCGAUUCUCUGCCCCUUCGCUUUUCUCACAUGGAGAACGACGCAACGCGAAGAUAUAACCAGCGUGAUGCCAAUCCACUGGAGAAGAGCAGAGAUUUGCACACUUAAGAUUAAGAGUGCGCAUGUAAGGAUGCUGACAUGUAUGGUCUGAUAUAGCAACUCUAGACUUUCGUUGUUCAAAACAGCACAUCCUUUUUUCUUUGUAUAAACAAAAAUAAGAAACUAAAAGAAUAACCUGAGGAUCAUUUGUAUGUUAAUGUACUGUGCCUUUUGAAUUUAGACAGGACUAAUUCUGUUGUCAUUUCACCAAAUGAAUGUGGCCAAGAGCUCUAAAUUGUAUUUUAUUUUUUGGGUGAAAAAAGAAACAUAGAAAAAAAACAAGCUUGUACUUAAUCAAACCUUGGCAAACACUGGGGGCAUUGUGGCUCGCUCGAGUCAUGAAUCCAUUUGAACCUUUCAAAAUUGUCGCAGGGUCAUCAUGUAGCCUUUUAUCGAGUUCAAACAGCUAACUUCACUGUAGCGUCCGACCUCACUGGGCCAUACUCCUAGUUUGGCUAAUAACUGUAUUCUAAUCUUUAAGGGACGAAGAGUUCGAUUACUUUUUAAUUUUUUCGCUCACUCUAUCCUGGAUAGGCUCCUAAGGAUACGGUAGUCUUUCCAAUAGCCAUUCCAGUUGUGAUCUCUUAACACGGAAAGUCGUUAAAAUCAGUGCUAACAAACACACACUAGGGUUUAAUUCAAACACUCAAUGAAUUGACUUGACAGUGUUAUGGCAGCUAGUAAGUUACCUACCACUAGCUACAUUAACUGGGCAGUGUUUUUUGGUUUGUUUACAUUUGAAGAGCGGGCGCAUGCGCGUGGUAUUGUAAAACUGGCGUUUUUUUGAGUGAAAUGUUUCUUCUGCAAACAUGUAUCAAAACAAAAAAUGCCCGCCAUCUUGGAAGUGAAGUUCAAAAUGGCUGCACAAGGACCACAGCGUCGGGGGGGGCGGGGGGGAACGAUAGCGUCGGAGGCACGGUGUGGUGCAGCGUUAACAUUAAACAGUCUUACCGUUGACCGCUGAGCCGGUAUUCUACGCAUGCUAGUGUUUUGUUUUUUGGUCAAGGAGAUAUAAGACAAAUGAACCGAGUCGCAGGCUUAACUUAAUUACAAACAUUUUCUCUUUUCAAGCUGUGUUGGAGGGGCAUGUUUCAUCUAUCAGAGACGAGCAGUAGGAGGUCCAUCACUAAGGGUUAACCAGUCAGAAAGCAAGGGACUGGAGAGCAGAACAGUUGUCGCCGGGGUUAUGGGGUGAAGGUCAAGGGUUAUCAGUGCACCGCCAUUGCUUUGGUUUCCAUUGCUCCUUGCUGUGAAGGUGGCCAAAGACUGGGGACUGUUGUCCCCUUCCUUAUGGUACAUGCGUACUGUCAACUCUGGGAGGUAGUCAGCUUUAGAUGUGUAUGAAGCUCUGGUUCUGACCGGCCAGACAAGGCUUUCCCCUCAAAGAGCAGCAGCCAACGAGAGGAGGAGAGAUGGGGCAUUGGAGUAUCUCUAAGUGCACUACGUUUCUUAAGUGUAUUGUGCCUUUUGAAAACUUUUUAAAUGUAUUCACUUUAAAAGCGGAUGCACUGACAGUGAGAACUUGGAUUGAAAGGUGCUACUUGAGUUUUGGUGUGUAGGCCCUUGUUUGUUGUCGUGCCCAUCAAGUUUUACAAAAGUUAUUUUAUUGCACAUCUAGAGUUUUAUAUAAAUGUCUUGAAUACAUGUCCUUAAGCUUCCAAAUAUUGUGUGUGAGGAGAUUGUGGGAAAAACGCAGCUUGUUUACAAAGGGGAAGGGUUCUCAACAUUUAAACAGGAUUUAUUUGGGACCAGGGGAUUUAGCAGUUGGGAAUUUAGCCAUUUGCACACAGAUUUCUAGAUUCUACUUUUGCUGCUAGUUUUGUGUAAUUUAUUAAGCAUUUCUGAGAGAUAUUUAUUUUUGUAAGCCUCAAAGUGAUUCUUUGAAAGUUACAAGAAACUUGACCAAAAGACGGUAACAAAAACACUGGCACUUGAAUGUUGAAUGUCACCUGUAUGCGUGAAAAAAAUUAUAUAUUUCGGGGUAGUGUGAGCUUUUUAAUGUUUAAGACAUAUUGGACUCGGUCAAAAAUAAUAUCCACAGACGUCAGGGCCUGAGGCCUUGAAACAUCUCUAAAUAUUAUAUAGUCAAAUUGGCCUUCAAAAAGAGAAAUGGAAUUAAUCAAACAUGCCAAGGUUUGGAAUUAAAGUUGUUAAAAGAGCAAAAUCUAAUUUUCCUAAAUCUUAUCGGUGCAGAACUGUUCGGGAUUCUCAAAUUGUGUGCAUUGUUUAUAAUAACUCUUUAUUCUAAUUUGACCUGAUUUAUAUAUUUUUUAAAUCCAGUGAAUGUCUGGCACAUGACAAUCUUAAAAAACAAUGUGGUUUAUUCUCUAUUGUUGCAUUUGCAUAUGGCACCUCUGGGGAUUGUUCCCUCAGAGUAUUGAGCAGGUCUCAGCUGCAGUAGUGUUACCCACAGUAGCAGCACAUUAACUGCUAGCCUGACCACAGGAAGAAUAGGCUACAAGCACCACUUGCUCAGUGCCCUGAGGAAGAACAACCCAGAGCUCUUUAGACUUAGACUUUGCUUUCUGUACUAGCUUAGAGGCUAAUGCACAGCAUGGGAAAAAACUCAGCUGUGUGAUUAUUGUAUGAUUUUACCUAAAUAAAGUUUGAAUGCAAAAGUACCGUAUUAUAAAAUUCAA